AUGGCCGACCAGUUCUUGGCCGAGCAGCACACAUGGACGCUCUUUCGACAUUCCCAGUCUGACGAGGAGGAUAGCUGGGUCAUGUUGACUCGGGAUGGUCAGAUUGUGCCCAUUCCAGGAGAGAAAAUUCUACAUACCUCGCGGCCGAGAGUCAGCCUCGAGAUCUCAACUCCGCGCGAGCUUCAAAUUGCCGAGCCGUUCUCCCUCAAGUGCGACAAUGGCAUCGCGUACAUUACGAACGAGCGGGUAAUUUACCUCCCAGCCAGACCGAGCGAGGACUUCAAGUCCUUCUUCACGCCUGUGCUGAACUUUAGCGACACGCAUGUGCACUCGUCCUGGAUUGGCCCCUGGAGCUGGGGCGGCACCGUGAGGCCGGUUCCGGGAGGCGGGAUCCCCAUGCACAUCCCCCGGAUAGACGUGAAGUUUGCCUUCCGGGAUGGCGGCCACAGCGACUUCCAGACCAAGUUCGAGUGGCUCAAGGAGCGGCUGCACCACGCCCAGGAACUCGGCUUGAUCCCGGGCCAGAACCUCGAGCCGCCACCGCCGUACGAGGUCGGUACGCAGGGACCGUCGCCCUCCUCCUCCUCCUCCUCCUCCUCCGCCGCCGCCGCCGCCGCCGCUGCUGCCCCCGGCGACGGUCAUGCACAAGCCAGCACCCAGACGCAGCAACAGCCGCCGCAACCCGCGCCUGACGAGCCGCCCCCGGAUUAUGUAGAGGCGCAGACCCAGGCUGUCGCUAUGCGGUACGAGGAGCGUAUGCGGGAGGAAGCAGAGAGGCAGUGA